GGAGGCAGAAAAGGGGAAAGAAAAAGAGAUGGAGAAAGAAGAGUCAAUGCAGCAGAAGGGAGAAAAAGAGGAUAAAAUGAACAAGGCACAAGAAUCACCAGAGAAACUGGACAAGACAGACAAAGUGGAGAAGACAGAGAAAGAAGAGAACAAAGCUGAGAAAGCAGAGAACGUGGAAAAGAUGGACAAAAAUGAAAAGUCCAAGGUGGAAGACAAACCAGAGAACAAAAACACUGAGACACCAGAGAAACCAGAGAUGAAGGACAGCAAAGAGCAGCACAUUGAGAAAGUGGAGAAGACCCCAGAGCAACAGCCAACACCCAUCAACCUCGAUACCAAUCAUGACAAGCUGGAGAAGAAGGCCGACACCGAGACAAAGGUGACGGCAGAGGUGGAAGAACCCAAGAAAGAAAAGGCUGAUGCAGAUACAGCCAAGAAGACCGAGAAAGAGGACGAGAUGGAGAAACCGUCCGAGAAGCCUGCCGAAAAACCCACGCAGAAGAACGAGAAGGAGGAGAAGCAGGAGAAAAUGCCGGCUGAGAAAAAGACUGCUGAGAAAAAGGAUGACAAGAAGGACAAGGCAGCGAAGCCAGAGGGAGGAGAGAAGGCCAAAAAAGCAAAACCUGCGGCGAAUGGAAGCAGCGCAACUCCCAGCAAGGACCUGGCAGCUGCAGACAAGAAGGCCAAGUCAACUCAAGAGAAGCGUCCCUCUGUGCCAAAGGCCAGCACUGCCACCUCAAAUCAAACAGGCUCCACUGCUGCCACCAAAAAUGGAACUGCUCCCACAGCAGCCAGUAAAACCACUACAUCAGUGCGCACGACACCGUCUACUCGCACCACUGCCACCACUGCAGCCAAAAAGCCUCUGGCCUCAAAGACAGACAGCAAGCCAGGAGAGGAGAAGAAGCCCAGCGCUCUGAAGACCUCUGCAGCUGACUCCACCAAGCCCAAGACCACCACCACCCGCAGCACUGGUUCCACCAAUGCUGCCUCUCGCACUCGAACUACAGCAGCCAAACCGGCCACACCAUCCUCCACCUCUGGCACAGUACCAGAGAAGAAGCCCCCGGUGCCCCGUGCCCCCCGGGCUGCUUCCUCAACCACAACUAGCAGCACAACCGCCACCACGAGGACCACGGCUCGCCCCGGCACGGCGUCAGGCCCCGACAUCCGCAACGCCCGCUCUAAGAUUGGCUCUACAGACAACAUGAAGCACCAGCCUGGAGGAGGGAAGAUGUCAUCUGCCUCUCAGAACAGGGGUGUCGCCUCCAAAGAAACGAGCCAGGGCAAAGUGCAGAUCCUCAACAAGAAGGUGGAUUUGAGUAAGGUGACGUCAAAGUGCGGCUCCAAGGACAACAUCAAGCACAAGCCUGGUGGCGGGGACGUGAAGAUCGAGUCCCACAAAGUGAACUUUAGGGAAAAGGCUCAGUCCAAAGUGGGCUCCAUGGACAACGUGAGCCAUUCACCUGGUGGAGGAAACAUCAAGGCUGAGGGGGCCCAGGAGACAACAGAGGGGAAUGGGACUCCCCUGAGUGGCACCCCGGCCCCAGCCCCAGGCUCCGAGCCAGGGUUGGCUGGGAGCCCCGCUGCCCAGGAGAAUGGGCUGAAGGACGGGGCUCCCUGUGAUAGUGAGGUCCUCCGGGAGCCCCAGGCUCUGGACUCAAGCAUCCCAGAGACAAAUUGAGUCUUUCAAGCUCAACUUCCGCGAGAAUGCUCGCUCUCGCACGGACCAUGGCGCCGACAUCGUCACCUGGCCAGCCCCCCAGGACAACAACAGACCCCAUCCACACGGUUCUUCCUAUUCUCUACACCACCACCAAAACCACCACCCGACUCCUCGCAGCAUCUCCCUAUUUGAAUCGUUGGCUUCUGCGGGCCCUGACAGCUCCCCCUCUGCCCCCUCCUUGCUGCAUCUUCAGGUGGAGGUCCAGGGGGACAGCAGCAGCUCCUCAAUGGAAUCUUGACCUUUUUUUGCCCCCCAUCAAGCUCUGAAUCCCCCUCUCAUCUUAAAUCAAAAGUCUUGACUUAUCUGAUAGUUCUGCCACUCUAGUAUCAACUUCAUGCCUCUUCUCUCACAUCUGAGCUCAUCAUCACCCCCCCCCCCCAAUCGUUGCCACCCCUACCCGUUUGUAUUUGGCUGAAGUGACUGUAUAGACUAAGCUUGGGCCUUGUCGGGAAUCUAUGUGAAGGGAAACGAGGCGACGGCAAGGUUUCCUCACAUAUUCAGUUGCGUCUUCUUCAAGCUGGCUGACCUGGAAUCAUUGGGUUUCACCGACAGCCUGGUGGUGGACUCUGCUCUCUCUGGCCCUGCGUGACCUCUCCUCCAUCACCCCAAACAGCAGCAGCAAUCAGUUUAUUUGUCCCCUGAGCAGCAUGGAAACCGUUCUGGACUCACCUACCUUCUGUCACACAUACAUACAGUAGCUUCUCUUUUCCCUUGUGACUGUAGGGGCUGUUUGUUCCCAGUAACCAUUUACUCUCUGCUUCAAUAACAUCAUAGUAAUUCAUAUUCAUGUUCAUCUUCAUCAUCACUUCCUCUCUCGUCACCAUCACUUACCAUAAACAAGCUGACAAACAGAAAAGCUAGACAACAAGUAGGCUGUUUGAACCAUUUUAGGCUGUUUAACUCUUUCUUCUCUGUGUUUGUGAUGAUGUGUUUGAGUGACAAAAACAUGUGUAAAAAUGAGCUUUGGUGUUCUGUUCUUAUCUUAUUUUCUUUCUUUCUUGAGUUUUCUCAUUCUUUCCUCCUAGUAUUUUGUUUUUAAAACAGGUUUUCAUUUAUUUAUUCUAUGUUACUUCCUGUAUAAGCAAUACAGCGAUAGCACUCAGAAAAAUCUUGGAAACACGCACAGGAUUUGUAAAACCAAGACACAUGGUGAAGAGAAAGAUGAUAUUCAGAGGGAGGAAGAAAGUGAGGAAGGAGGGGUUGAGGGUUAGGGUGAAAAAGAUGCAUUUAAGGUGUGUUUUUACAUUUAUGGCAAAAUAACAAAUGACAAAUAUUGAAACCUGAAAGUUUUUUGAAAUGCAAUAGAGGAUGUUAGCUGAAGUAGAGACGCUGUAACUGAGUGUGCAGACCAGAGGGAGACGAGGAAGAGAGCAAAUGUCUCUGAAGUCAGAGCGGCUGCGUGUCUCGUAUGUGCCUCCUGUCCUUCCUACCUGAAAACUGAAGUUAAUGAGGAUGAUGCAGGCUCAUGCCUAAAACUGCUCAGAGAAGAGUCAUAGUUGGCAAAACAGAUAUAAAACACUAUUGCUGUUUUAAUGAAAAAUCUGUAAAUCAAGCUGUCCUGGUAGUUGUGUGUAAUCACAGGUUCAGGUGUUUCUAUGAGGGUAAUGGUAGCAUGUUGUUCAGCUGAACACAAAGCAUCUCUAAUAGUGUGUGUUCAGCAUUUUUUCUCGUUGGAAGUAUUGGCAGUGGAACGUGAUGUGGCUUUAUCCUCUUCUCGUGUAGCAAUGUUGCCUCUAAUUGCCUUUAUAGUGCAUGGCCAGAUUAUAUAAUAUCACACCCAGAGCUGAAAGCCUAUGUGCAUUAUGACUCAAAGUGUUGUGGUUUGGCACCAUAUGUAUAUCUCUGGGGCAGUCCUAGUCAGUUGAUGUGUUGUUACUCAAAUGACGACUUGUAAUGGCAAUGAGCAAGGAGAACUAGUUUAUCAUGGUCGCACUUUCACCUUUUACUGUCGUGAUUUAACUCCACUGCUCCAAGCUAGGUGCAGAUUGUAUACAGUGACUCCAUGGCUCAAACAUACAGAGAUGAACUACAAACAGACAGAAACGAUAUUUUCUGAUGUUAUUAGUUGAAUUAUCUCAUUAAUACAUCAGUUACAUUCUGCUCAUCAUCCACUUGCCAGCUAUUACUGCAUCAAGUAUAGUGUUAUAACAAGGGCUGGGUAUUGUUUGCAGUUCUAGAGCUAUUACUGAUACCAAAACAAUACUUAGGUCAUUACCUUAGACCUGCAUUCAGUGAUUUUUUAUCUUCUUUGUGGCAGCACAAAAAAUUGUAAACACAACAAUGACAUGUUAUCACCUUAUAAAGUUGAUAUGGUAAACAUAUUAGCAAAGAAUUACCUAUGUACACAUGUAGCAGACACAUCAUGUCAACAUUAGCAUUAAUUUGGAGUCACUUUUCUCGCCACCUGGCGAAAGUCCAAUAUUCACUGUCCUUUUAGCUCUGUUUUCAUCUCCUAUCAGUGUUCACUAGCUAGCUGCUAAGUUUUACUUAAAUAUACGGUGACUUUAUUUGAACUUUUUCGCUGAAAACGAUUAACCUGCUGCAUCUGAAAACAUGAUGAUGAGAGCGGUAAGGGUGAACCAAAACAGUUCAAGUUUCUGGCUGUAAAAACCAAAACAAAGAGCUGAAAGUUAAAAGGCUCUGUGGAGCUAAGAGGAACUGCAGAGCUGAGUCAUAACUCUCUGUGGGUUUGUCACUACGUUCAACCCCUUUCAUAUUACACACAGUUAAUGAAUCCAUUGUUGAUAUAAUAAAAAAAAAAAAAGUGUAAUAUAAAAAGAAGUGCAGCUUUAAUUUGUAGGGUUUUUCUAUAAAACUCAUCUUUCAUUUAACAGAAUCAGGGGAUUUGUAGAACUUUGUCAAUUGCCUGCCAACAAUUGACAAAAUUUUGAUGUAAAUCUAGAACCAUGUGAUCAAAGAAUAAUUAAAAAAGAACAGGAAAUAUGAUGUAAACUUACAUAGAUAACGUUACUUCCAGUUUUUGUUGUUUGCAUAAUCAGUGCAUACAACAUAUCAGCCCUUGUCUAAAUUAAAGAGGGUAUCAUGGCAAAUGCUUGUCAAAAAUUUAGAACAAAUCUUCAGAUCAUUUGGAUUAUUGGAUCUGAACUCUGUUGCUACAUUGACUGCCCCCUAGAUGACGUCAAACCACAAAAACACUCCUGAGGUUUUUUUUUUUAUUGAAAUUGUUACUUUAAGAAUGAUUUGUAAAGAAGCUUUGACACAACAACUAAAUAGCACUUUAAUGCUUUAAUAUAUCAAAGAGAGCUCACUGUUAUUGAGUGAUGGUGUUUAAUUAACAUAAAAUACCUCUCUUUGAACAAGUGAUCUUAAUUGACUUAAUCUUGAAUGAGCUGUUGCGUAAUAACAGAGCAAUAAACUGACUUACACUGCCAUCACCUUUACUAUUCAGUCAUUAACAGAUUCAGUCAUUAUUUUUGUUCUACAUUGGAAUCCCUUAAAAUAUAAUUAAACAAUGAAGCUAAGAAAGAAAUAUAAUUUUUUUAAAACAGAAAUGGGCAAUAAAUUCCAAUGAAUGUCGUCUGAAGGACAGAAAGUGUGACGGCUUUUCUGCCAGCGCAGGGUUGAGCAUUGAAUUGUUGUGUUUGUGCCACGCCUGUCACCUAGCUAAAGUUUUCCUCGUGCCUGUCCACAGCCAUGUUUUAGCUUUGCUUUUACCCCAGGGUUUUUACUUACCACUUCUUCUGAGCUUGCACAUGGAUGUACAUAGAUAUUUUAUUGACAAUGAACUCUUUAUGGCCCUGAAAACAAGAACAAAUCAGCAACAGCAUCAAGGGGUUGAUGGGUGGGUGGGGGGUUUCAAGGUUGUUCAGAACAGCUUUUAUGUCCAUGUACCUUUAAUGAUUUUAAGGGGAGGAAGUUUUAUCAUGACUAUUAUGACUAUUAUUCUGACUAUUAGUAUGACAAAUUGAAAAGUUCGGCCUUUUUCAUUGGAAAGAGGCCACUGAAGUGAAAGAAUGUCUUUGAGAUAUAUUGUACUAAAGACGCAACACUUUUGUAUAUGUAUUUAUCGUUGUGUUCCUGUAGCCUCAUGACGGUUGUGCAGUCAUGGCUGAAAGGGGUUAUACUUUUGAUUUGUGACAGCCAGUUUCACAAACUGCGAUGUGGACUUUCUCCAAGGAUGUGAGAUUUGAAACCCAAAUACAACACACAGAAAGUCUUUAAAAUCUCAUAGGAACAGGUUUUAUUUAAGGUGCUGUAAGAGCAGAUUGAUUUAGAAAUGAGCUUAAUUAAUUCAAGACUAUUUUAACAAAAUUUGUAGUGCACAUUUAUGCGUACACACUAAUAAAUCAUGCCCAUGAACCCAGUCUUAAGAGAUGAAAAUUAUGUUCUGAUUAUCUCGUAAACUUUCAGGAUACAGUGACCUCUGUAGUUUCAUAUGAUAAGAUGAAUGCGACUGAAGCUAAUGCACCAGAAUCACGAUAUUGUCCAUCACAGUAGACGUGGGGAAUUUCUUGCUCAAGCAGGCACUAAGUUUAGAGGUCAGUGUAUAGGCCUGUAAUUUGGGAGUACUGCAUAUCAAUAUAUAUUGGCUGCUACAUAUUGCACUCAAGAGCAGCAACCUGCCCUGGAGAGUCACACACACCGAGACCCUAACACAUCCUUGUUUGCAGUUAAGAAGACUUAAGUGUAGCUGCCAGGUUUUGGCUUGUGUAAUUAAUGCUCCCCAGUAAUCGAUCCAAGGAGCAUUGUAGAGCUUCAUGUACUGCUACUGUACUCAUACCAGACAUGUAAGUGUAACACUAGCUAAUAAACACCUACUUUACCUGCAGAGCAUGCUGAAAAACAAUGGGAUGUGUUAGGUAGACUUACUAUGUCAUUUGCAGAGCCUCCUCAUUGUUUUUUUUUUUUGUGGUUUUUUUUUUUUCUUCUUUUUUUUUCUUUUUUCAUUAAUUUGAAUUUUAUGUUUUGGUUUGGAAAAAAAGUGUUUAUUGUGAUUACUUGUUAAUUAGUGAUGUGAUUAUUAAACAUGAAAUAAA